CACAAUUCAAACACUGGCAUGUCGGCGCCAGCGCGGCCUGGAGGCAACGAGCAAGUGCCGUUCUUGCAAGAAGAUUUCCACGCGUUCCCCUUCCAAAGCCAGCGCAUGCUCGUUGAGCUCCAGACAAAUACGUUCCGAGACACGUCCGCGGUCGAAUUCUGGGCGAAACUAUCCCAUGACGCAACCGAGAAUGCAACGCACUUGCCGCACGCAUUGGCGUACGCCGUGGAAACCAUUCGGCAAUUGGAGGAGAUCACACAGUGUGUUCCAAGGAUUCAACAGCAUCCUCCUUCUCGCUCCCUUUUGUCACUGCUCAAGGCUCAUUUCAGGGCCAUUCUCUUCCACGACGCUCGGCAAACGCAGGUGUUUUGCGACGCGCUGGAAGCUCUAUGUACAUCCAUCUUCGUCGAGUGUACCACCACGGAUCCCGACGCAGCGACCGCAAAACAAGAAGCCGCGGUCACGUUGCGGCGCCACUUGCACUAUUUAGAAUGGAUGCACAUUGCGAAACCGUGCAUCCUGGCUGUGUUUCUGCGACAAAUUGACCACCGCGUCGCCACGGUAUGCCGAGCCAACUUUGUCGAUUCCUUCUUCGACGACAUUGAAGCAUGGGUCGAUUCGACUUUGCUCCAAGAUGCACACACCAUGUUCGCCACGAACUUGCAUGGACACGACUCGAGCCAACACAACGUCGAGUACGUCAUCACGUUGAAACAGCACGCGGUUCGGGCAUUUGGAACGCUCCGCGGCCGCGAGUUGUUUGACAUUGUGCGCGACUUUCCAGACAGUCUACCUGCGAUCCAAGAUCUAACAAAGUGUUUACAAGUGACCCACCAACAGGCCGAGAUCGUGUCGACGUUUCAACGAGCCAUUCAAAGCCGAGUGCUGCAGCCAGGUGCGAGUACCACGAGCAUCCUCGGCGUGUACACGCGUACGAUCAAGACAUUUCGGCACUUGGAUCCUCGAGGUGUGCUCGUGCAGAGCAUCCGCGACCUGUUUAGCCACUACCUGCGUAAGCGAAAAGACACGAUUCGGUGCAUCGUUACGAGCUUGACCGACCAAGAAAGCGGUGAAUUGUACGAAGAGUUGUCCCGCGACCGGCGCGUAGAGCCAGUGAUCGACAGCGAUGACGACGACGACGAGAUCGAAGCGACGGACGAGUGGCAGCCCCAGCCGUUGGACGUCGCGCCCACAGGACGCCACGUGGACGACCUCUUGAGCAGUUUGGUGGGUAUCUACGGGAACCCGAGUGCGUUUGUGAACGAGUAUCGCAUGAUGCUGGCCGAGCGGUUGCUUAUGUCCACUGACUUUAACACGGACCGAGAUGUGCAUACACUGGAGUUGCUCAAGCUUCGAUUUGGCGACGUGCGGCUGCAACCGUGCGAUAUUAUGCUCAAAGACAUGGAAGAAAGCAAACGAGUUCACGCUAACUUGGGCUUGGCCGUCGAUGCCACGGUCGUGUCCGAGCAUUUUUGGCCGCCGUUUCAGGGUGACGAGUUUACGCUGCACCCUCGGCUCGAAGCUAUGGUGCAGACGUACAAAGACGCGUAUGCGGUACUGAAAAAUCCGCGGCAAUUGGACUGGGUGUCGUACUUGGGGGUGGUCGAGCUGGAAAUCAUCGACUUGAACGGGCACACCAUUGAGUUUACCGUGUCUCCGAUGCAAGCCACGGUGCUGUCGUACUUUGAAGAUCAAGACUCGUGGUUCGUGGCUGCUCUGGCCAAAGCCAUGGAUGUGGAGGUGGAGGUAGUGACCAAGCAGAGCCAGUUCUGGUGCCACCAAGGCGUGCUGCGGUAUACACAGAAUGACCACGACCAGCUCGUCCUCAACACAGCAUACACUCGACCGGCGUUGACGGCCGACAAAGAUUCGUCAAAUGAGCACUUGCUCGAAGCAACGUCGGUGUCGUCGAAACGGCAAGCAGAGGCUGAAAUCAAGACGUUGGAAUUGUACAUCAAGGGCAUGCUACGGCAAUUUGAAACGCUGUCGUCGCCACAGAUUGCCGCGAAAUUGGCGCUGAUUGCACGGAGCGAGCAGAUGCAUUCGGGCGUGAGUUCGAUGGCGAGUUUGACGCCAAUCUUGCGCAACUUGGUGGACCAACGAGUGCUCGAGUACAUUGGUGGCAUGUAUCAGCUGCACAAGAAUCAUUAAUAGUACAAUACACACACAUCCGUU